UAUAUGUUUACCACGUUCUAACCGUUUCUAAUUAUUUCAUGUAUUAGGAUAUGCCGGUACGUCAUAACAUUGACGUAAUGCAUGUGGAAAAGAAUGUGUCUGACGCCAUACUAUCCAUGUUGAUGCAUAGUGCAAAGUCAAAAGAUGGUGUUAAAGCUAGGCAAGAUUUAGAAGAUAUGGGGAUUCGCAGCUCCUUACACACUGAGGUACGUGGAAAAAGGACAUACCUACCUCCAGCUUCUUAUUGGUUGACGAAGGAUGAGAAGAAGAUAUUUUGCAAGAGGUUAUCUGAAUUCAGAGGACCAGAUGGCUAUUGUGCUAAUAUUGCAAAUUGUGUUUCCAUGGAUCCUCCUCAGAUUAAUGGUUUAAAGUCACAUGAUCAUCAUGUUCUUCUGCAAAACCUAUUACCUGUUGCAUUGCGAAAAUUGCUUCCUAAAGGUCCUAGGAUUGCAGUGACUAGAUUAUGCAACUUCUUCUGCAGACUGUGUCAGCGUGUGAUUGAUCCUGAAAAGCUACUGGAACUAGAGAGUGAGCUUGUUGAGACAAUGUGUCAGAUGGAGCGGUUCUUUCCCCCAUCACUCUUUGAUAUAAUGUUCCACCUCCCUAUACAUCUAGCUAGAGAGGCACGCUUGGGAGGGCCAGUACACUUUAGAUGGAUGUAUCCAUUUGAAAGGUACAUGAAAACACUUAAGUCCUACGUUAAAAAUUUUGCACGACCAGAAGCAUGUAUGGCUGAGGGUUACAUGGCAGCAGAAUGUAUUGCCUUCUGCAUGGAAUUUCUUCAAAAAUCUGUACCAGUUAAUCAACCUGCGAGUCGUAAUGAAGAUGUUGAUUUAGAUGAUGACAUCCUUGAAGGCCGUCCAAUCCAGAGAUCCAAAGAUGUUCUACUUUCUGAUAAAGAGCGAGACAUCGCACAUAGAUAUGUUCUAAUGAACACAGCAGUUAUGGAGCCAUAUAUUGAUAUGCAUUUGGAAGCGUUGCAAGAGAAAGAUCCUCGUUGUCGGCAAAAUCAGACUCUGUUAUGGAAGUUACAUGUGGAACAGUUUACACAAUGGGUAAAGGAUAAGAUUUAUUCUAACCCAGAGGAGCAGUCGAAAAAGCUAAAAUGGUUAGCAUUUGGACCAAGAAAUUCAGUUGCAAGGUACAAAGGCUUAAUCAUCAAUGGACAUCGCUUUCAGAUAGAGUCGCUAAAGAGGAAGACUCAGAACAGUGGGGUAGCAUAUGAUGCUUUCAGUAUGUGUAGAUCGAGUGCAAAAGAUAGUAAACAUAUGGCAGAUAUAGUAUCCUACUACGGAGUGAUAGAAGAGAUUAUACUACUCGACUACCAUAUGUUCCACGUCCCACUCUUCAGGUGUAAGUGGGCCAACAAAGGGCAUGGUUUGAAGGUGGAAGAUGGUUUUACGGUUGUGAACUUCCACUUAAGCCAAGCAGCAUUCCAAAAAGAUCCAUACAUUCUGCCGUCACAAGCAAAGCAAGUGUUUUAUUCCAAUGAUGACUCUUCUGAUUGGUCUGUGGUUAUGAGGGCACCACCUAGAGGGUAUCACGAGUUAGAGACAGAAGAAGAGUUUGCUGCUCCACCAGUAUUCGUCGAGGAGAAUGAAGAUUUGGGAAAUGAUUGUUCUGAUGAUGAGAGUUUCUGUUGUAGGGAUGAUUGUGAGGGGGUCUUAGUUGUGGAGUAAUAGGGAUA